GUGAAGAAUGAAUUUUUCACCAUUCUUUCUACAGCUACAUCAUCAUCAUAAUCAUCAUAGUGAUCUUGGUUGGCUAUUUUUAGCUCACAACUCAUCCACCACAUAAUUUGAUGCUACAAUUUCGACGACAAUAAUAAUAAUAAUAACAACAACAACAACAACAAUGACGACGACGAUGUCGACGAUGAAAAAUCUAUGCUCAAUAUUCUAUUGAUCAUAAUAAUCAUGUAAAUCAGAUCGAUACGGAUUUUGAUUAUUCGAUUUUUUUUCUUUGUAUCAUUAUUGUCAAUCUACUGAGAUUUUGGAUACCAUAAAAAGUGGAAUACGAUUCAAAGAAUGAGUAGACGAACAAAUCGUUCACAUCGUACGUCUGCAUAUUCAUCUUCAUCAUCAUCAUCAUCAUCAUCAUCGUCAUCAUUAUCAGGUUUUAAUAAUGGAAAUAAUUGGCUUAAAUUCUCCAAUACAUCGGUCACAUGGGCACGUUCAAGACAACAACGAUCGGAUUCAUUAGCUCAGAAUUCGACUGGUAUUGAAACAUUUCGACGACGAAAAAUUUUCAAUGCAUCCACCGAAUUUAUACAUGUUGUUAGUCUCAUUUUAAUGAGUCUAUGUCGCCAGGUAACAAAUCGUUCAUUAUUACAGCGACGAAUGAUCAUUUAUCUAUUCCUCAUAUUCAUUGGUGGCCUUUUAAAGGAUUUUGCUUCGCUGAUAAUUCGUGCACUUGUAUUCUCUUUGUCAUCUGAACAUUUUCUAAAUCGAUAUUUUGUAAAAUUGGCUUGGUUUUGGAAUACAAUUCUUUUAGUACCAUUGAUCAUUUUAUCAAGUUCAACAUUAUACCUACUUGAUUCAAUACAAUUGACCGAUGUGGAUAAAUCAAUUGAAGAUUAUCAUGAACGUAAAACUAAUACGCCAUUGAUGGGUGUUGGUGGUGGUAGCAGCACGAAAACUACAUCACAAAAUUCAUCGUUACAAACAAAUGGAACUGGUACGAAACAAACAUCACAGAUUAUCACAUUACAAUCAUCAAGUCAAAAUCAGAAUCAAUCACAAUUGUUGAUUGAACAAUAUCAACAAGCAAUACUGGCACAGGCUGAUCAAUGUCAACAAUGUCAACGAUUUUCAUUAAGAUGGUUUGGAUAUUCGGCACAAAAAAUUAUUCAAAUUGCCAUGGUGAAAGAUAUGAUUCGUUUUAUAAUUUGCAGUGGAUUUUAUUUGGCUUCUAUUUCAAUAUUUGCUAUGAUACAAUUUUCAACUACAACUCGUAAUCGAUUAUUAUCAAAUGAAUUGGCUACCGUAUCACAGGUGAAUGUAACAACUACUGGUGGUUUUGAUAUAUCUGGCCAUGUUUAUAUAUUGAUCUUUUCCAAUCUAAUGAUAAUUGAAGAAUGUACAAUAAUGACUGGCUGGGAACCACUUGGUGAUCGUCUUUAUGCAUUAAGUGUUGAAUUUAUGAACAUUGUGAUUGGAUCACAAUCACCAACAUUAACUAAUAAUAUCGAAAUGAAUCGAAAAUUAUAUCUAUCUUGGUCACGUUAUCGAUCUCAUAGUCGAAAAUUACGAUUAAUUUUUUUGGCAAUUACAUUAUUGUCAAUUGUAUGGGAUUUUAUGCUGAUGCAAACAAUAUUUUUCUAUCAUAGUCUUAUAGAAAAAUUACUUGCAAUGUUAUGGGCAUUCAUCGGUUGGUAUGUUUGUUACAGAUUUCUGUUUCCAUUGCUUAACAUUGAAGUACGACGUGUUUCGAUCGUCAAGGGUCAGAAUUCAAAUACAAAUACAACGGCUAUGACAUGAUCAAAAUAAAACAAAAACAAAACAAAAAAAUAUGGUGCAUAUUUUCUAUCACUCGUCAGUUACUAAAAAAAAAAAAUUUAUUCAAUUGAUUUCACAUCAUAGUGUCAA